UUCAAGAAAAAGAGAGAUUACAAAAGAAGCGAACAACCAACUUCUUUGCUGGUUGAAGUUCUGCUCUUGAUUCUUGAACCUUUUGUUUUAGAAGACGGCGCGUAUUAAUUAUUAGUAUUCUCAUUUUGUUACCAAUUUUGAGUUCUGAAGAAGAUGGGCACAACAUUGUUCACUGGCUGCAGUAGCUUUUCAUGGAAAUGUCAUCAGCAAGUAGCUCCUCCUUGCAGUCUUGCUCAAUCUUCACCAGAAAAUGGAGUUUCAACCGUAAACGCUGUCCCGGGUUCAAGAGGAAUUGCCUUGGCUGAUAAGGAGCAAGAGCAGUCCUGGGGGAUUUUGAGUAGACGACGAUCAAUUUUGGUAUCUGGGAUUUCUCUAGCGUCAUCGGCUGUAUUGGGAUUUCCAGGAGAGGGAUUGGCAGUCGUCAAACAAGGUCUUCUAGCAGGGAGGAUUCCUGGCUUGUCUGAGCCAGAUGAACAAGGUUGGAGGACAUACCGCAGACCAGAUGACAAGUCCGGAGGGCAUGGAGUUGGAUGGAGUCCUAUCAUCCCUUAUGCCUUUUCAGUACCUCAAGAAUGGGAAGAGGUUCCUGUAUCAAUUGCGGAUUUAGGUGGUACAGAGAUAGACUUGAGGUUUGCUAGCUCAAAGGAAGGACGAUUGUUUGUCAUUGUUGCACCAGUUCUGAGAUUUGCUGACAAUCUUGGUGACAAUGCCAGAAUUGAAAAGAUCGGACCUCCAGAAAUCGUGAUUAAUGCAUUUGGACCAGAGGUGAUCGGUGAAAAUGUAGAAGGGAAGGUGCUGAGCAUUAACACGGCAGAACAUGAUGGCAGAAUGUAUUAUCAGUAUGAGUUGGAGCCACCUCAUGUAUUGAUCACAGCAACUGCAGCCGGAAAUCGCCUUUACCUAUUCAGUGUAACAGGAAGUGGUCUUCAAUGGAAAAGGCAUUACAAGGAUUUGAAGAGGAUAGCGGAGUCCUUUCGUGUUGUCUAGUUUGGAUCUCCCUGAAUUGUGACAUCAGUACAAAGUUAGAGUUGGAUGUUUUUCCUUUUAUGGUAAUUCAUAAUGACAAGAAAAACAACGAGAAGAAAAACAGUGUAUUUGCAGCACUACAAAAUAUGCAACUUUGUUCGGAGAAGAUUUUGCAUAAAAGCUCUAUACCUGGCUAGAAGCUACAAGAAAAAGUUUGUAUUUACUGUCAAAGGAGUAACAUCUAAUUUCAUUCAGAAUAUCAUAUUGUCUUUUUGGAACUUACAGCUAUGUACUUCUUACACUUUGCUAUUGCAAUGUUCACCAUCA